ACCGGUAUUGUUCAUUUACAGGUAUAUUGUCAAGAUGGAUAUACUGUGUUUCAGAGGAGACAAGAUGGAUCUGUUGAUUUCUACAGGGGUUGGAUUGACUAUGAGAAUGGAUUUGGUGACCUUACUGGUGAGUUUUGGUUAGGAUUGAGCAAGAUUCAUCGUCUUACGAAAGAAGGAUCACACCAACUAGAUGUUUAUUUUGCACGUCAACUUGUGUAUUAUAAUUCAUUCAGUGUGAGUGAUCGUGCCACUGAAUACACAAUAAAUCUCCAAUACUCAGGUGUAUAUGUUUAUAGUAAUCCCAAAACAGCUGGUGAUUCAAUGGCUGGUAGGCACUCUCUCAAUGGAAUGAAGUUCAGUACAAUGGAUAAUGAUAAUGAUAAACAUGUUGAUAAUUGUGCUAUGCUUCAUCAUGGUGCCUGGUGGUACAACAGUUGCUCUGAUUCUAAUCUCAAUGGUCUAUACUCUGCAACUAAUGAGACUGGAAUAUUUUGGUUGGACUAUACAUCUCAAAGUACUCCUCUCCCAUAUACAAGGAUGCGUAUUUAUCGCGAGAGUUAAAUAAUGGCAAUUGGAAUGGAUCAC